AUGGCGUCAGUACGACAAAGAUCUCAUGGGAAUGAGACGAAUGGCAUCGAUGAAUCUGGAAUCAAAAAAGCUAAGACCGUUGAAGAAGAGAAACCAAAAUAUUGGGACCCGCUCGUAGAUGGUGUUAAAUGGAUAGAAAGGUAUGCGGAACCUCUGGAGAAGUUUUUUGAGAGGCUUCCAGACUUCAUAAGCACCUUCGUAGCAACCUUCGCAGUCUUCACAUUCGGCGCCACUUUGAGAGGAGAAUGGGUGGUUAUACUAGUGACAGCGUUGAAACAGAUUUCCGGCCACACCCAAAGCGGAAAAAAUAUGACAACAGAAGACAUCUAUCAGCUCUUCACGUCUGAAAAUUUAAAGAUGGAGAAUUUCGCUAUAAUCUUCAUAGUGUCGCACUGCGUGUCAUUGGGCAUGUACUUCUCUAUAGGAGGGUUCUUACACUGGUACUUCUACAUGAAAAGACGUCAUCUAGCACACGAAUGGAAGAUUCAACCUACAAAAUGGCUCUCUCCCGAGCUGGAACGUCAUGAAAUAAUGGUCGGAACAUUCUCUCUACUUAUCUCCGGGUCGUUCUCUUCAUUCCUAGCAUGUUACAUCUUCAAUGGAAACCCUUGCACUGUUUAUUUCCAAUUCAAUGAAUAUGGCUGGUUGUGGUUCAUCCUCCAGUUUCCUGUUAUGUUCAUUUAUUCUGAUUACACAACAUAUAUACUUCACCGGCUGUACCACACACCCUGGCUGUACAAACAUUUCCACAAACUUCAUCAUAAAUACAAACAGCCAACCGCCUUCUCCGUCACCGCCAUCCAUCCAGUUGAGAUUAUGCAUGUGAAACUUACGAUGUGUUUGCCACUGUUUACUAUUCCCAUACACUGGACGGCGUUUUAUGGCGUUAUAUUGUACAACUAUUAUCAUGGUAUCCUCGACCACUCCGGCAUCAACUUUAAAGCUCAGUGGUGGCAGCCUUGGCAGCCAGACGCCGAGUUCCAUGACCAGCAUCACGAAUUUUUCCAUUGCAACUUUGGCUUCAACAUGUCUCUUUGGGAUAGGUUGCACGGUACCAUGAGGAAAACUACUCGAGUUUACACUGAAGAUACAUACCAUGGUGAAGCUCCUGAAAUAGAUUCUGAAGAAGCGAAGAAGAUCAUGGAAAAGGAUCCAGAAGUUAAAGAAUAUGUAGAAAAAACAAAAACCAAACUCAAUGAAACUAAUUAG